AUGGCCGACGAGUAUUGGGAGAUGUUGGGUGAUCCCUAUUACGCCACACGUAUCCUCGAAGUCUCCGAAUUACCCGAAAUCGCCAUGAAAUCUCAAUUGUGGCUAGACAUCAAUGCUACUGUCACACAAAUUGUGUUGCCCUCGAAUUUAGAGGACGAUGAGGAUUUGGAAGACCAUUACAAAUUAAUGAUGUUAGAAGACGAUCACAUGGGCCAACCCACCGAGAGCUUCGAUUACCACGACAAAAUCGAGAUUGACCUACUAAUGGACGACAGAUCCACGUCAUCGAUUUUGGCUACUAUAUCCAACGAGCUAUCCAAGUCUAUCCACGUCUCGUCCCAGGACCUUCGGUGCGUCGCUGCUACUAUAGUCCAUGAUGCCUCACGGAGUCUUGUUGGGAGAGUGUGUAGCAGCAGCAGCCGGGGGUUACGUGUGCAUAUGGAGGCGUGCAUCAAGAUUGAUGCGAUCGUUGAGGACGUGGCCACGGAUGAUGAAGUGCAGCCCUCGUUUGUACCGGCGAGUAAAUCCGCAAUUGAGAAGCUGGAGAGGGUGAGAGUGGAAACGGCUGGGGUUUGUUGUUCGGUUUGUAUAGCGGAGAUUGCAGUGGGUUCGGAAGGUCGUGGUCUGCCAUGUUCGCAUAUUUACCACGAGGCUUGCAUCGUGGAGUGGUUGGAGAAAAGCCACUUCUGCCCUCUGUGUCGCUUCUCUUUGCCUGCCUAG